CGUUUUACAGGCGUUGCUCAAAGCACAAAACUCAGACCAGCGCCGCCGCCGGCCGGCCGGAGUCCGACCCCCGAUCGAGGUAGGUAGCCAGCCCCCCUCCCGAGACCCGGCCGUCCGCGACCUCGUCUCCGCGGCCGCUCGUGCUCCCCAGACCCGCGCAACGGCGCGAGGUCAAACCCACGCCCCAAAACCCCAAGGGAGGGCCUCCCUCCCUCCCCAAUGCUCCCACCCAUCCUCCGCCCCAAGUCAACCCCCACCUCCCCACGCCCAUGGCUCCGCUCCUCCCCCUCCUCCUCGCGCUCGCCGGCCUCGCCGUCGCCGCCGCCCAGCCCGGCCAGCCUUUCCCCCCGUUCCUGCAGCAGUCCACCGACGCCUCCGACGCGGCCGCCCUGCUCGCGGUGUUCCAGCGGUGGGGUCUCCGGUACGGCCCGACGGUGAACCCGGGGGACCCGUGCGGGACGCGGGACUGGAUCGAGUCCUUCGCGCAGAACGCGUCCGUCGGCUGCAGCUGCGACGGCUCGCCCGUGUGCCGCAUCACGCACCUGAACGUCACCGGAUACUGGAAUCUGACCGAGAUCCCGCCAGAGCUCUUCAACUUGACGGAGCUGGUCUCUCUGGAUUUGAGCAAUAACAAUUUAAGCGGCGCAAUACCUCCAGAAGUUGCCAAUCUCUCCAAACUGGAAACAUGGCACUUCAACAACAACCAACUAAGUGGACCUUUUCCUAAUGAAUCUUCACCUUUAAGGAAUCUUCAAUCCCUGUGGAUGUUUGAUAACUACAUUGAAGGGCUAUUUCCAGACUUUAUUGCGAACUUUACCAAUCUCACGGACUUGAGAAUAUAUGGGAUGAAACUUCAAGGACCUAUUCCAAAACAAUUCUCUAAUUUGAUCAAUCUGAAAUAUCUGAUGCUUGGUGAUCUUGAUGGUGCGAAUUCUACUAUUGAUUUCAUACCAGAUUCAGCAAAUCUUUCGAUAUUAUCUCUGAGAAAAUGUGGGAUCGUUGGCCAGUUCCCUAGUACUCCCCCAACUUUACCCAAUCUAACAUACCUAGAUUUGAGGUCAAACAAUCUAUCAGGCCAAUUACAACUACUGCUUCCGUAUAAGAGUUCAAGAUACCUGUACGCGGGUGACAAUGACUUUAGUGGACAUCUGCCUGCUGAAUUUAUUCAGCCAUCACUUGCUUUGGAUAUUUCCUAUAAUCCUUUUAUUAAUGGACUCCUUCCUAACAAUCCGACUGAUCGCAAGUUGUCAGUAAAUUAUAUUGGGACUGCAAUUGAUACAAGCAGAGCGAUUAACAGUGAAAACCUCACUCUCCUCAACUGUCUCCACAUGAAAGAAUGCAACAGAAAAUAUUAUGCUAAUGCUAUAACCUCCUUUGCUGUAAACUGUGGCGGCAAGCAAACAAUUUAUUCAGAUCCAUUGCCAAUUAGAUUUGACGAUGACACCACUGACCUUGGAGCAGCAGGUUUUCAUGUUAAUACUAGCAUGCAAUGGGUAGUUAGUCAUGUGGGUUCUGAUCCUUUUCGUGAGUCUCCUCGUUUUGUAAAUACAAGUCAAGUUAUUCUGGGAACAGACAUGCCUGAACUGUAUCAAACAGCAAGGACAUCAAGAAGUGCUUUGUGGUACUAUAUAGUUGGUUUGUCUAAUGGGAAAUACACAGUUCAACUCUUCUUCGCAGAGAUAGUUAUUGAAAAGCCAGGAAAGCGCCUAUUUAACAUUGAUAUUCAGGAUCGAAAUAUCAAGACAGAUUUCGACAUUACUAAGGAAGCAGGGGGGUUCAGAAGACCCACAAACAUAACUUACGAAGUGACAGUGGUUAACUCGGUACUUAAGAUACAUCUGCAUUGGAAUGGACGAGGCACAUGCUGUAUUCCAUAUGAAGGAGCUUAUGGGCCUCUGGUAUCAGCAAUAAGAGUUUUUCGCCCCGAAAGUCCGAACAACAGCCCCCCACCAGCACGGCCAGUGUCUGCGCCAAGUAAUGAUGACAAGCGAAGAGGAGUGGUUGCAGGCAUUGCAGCUCUGUGUAUAGCUGCGGCGGUGAUCUCUUCGUCCGUCGUUUACCUUUGGUGGAAAUGGGUUGCACUGGUAAAGCAUCCAAAUGCAUGAGGGGAGUUCAGUUGUGCAUAGCAUGUGAAUUAGCCUAUGUACUGUAUCAUAUCUUUGCCGAGAUUGGGUGGGGGACGUGGACGCCUGUACAGGAAAACAUAGCGCGUAGCAUGAAGAGGAGAACAUCACUAGUGUACAGUUCGGUUCUCGGUCAGGAUUUUAGGGCUGUAGCUUUGUUUUGUUUUCCAACCAUCGCUUGUACUUCCUCUGUAAAGUAAUAUAAGAGCGUUUAGAUCACUAAAGUAGUGAUCUAAACGGCCUUAUAUUACUUUACGGAGGGAGUAACUUGUAAGAACCACUCUAGUCAUCUUCAUUCUUUAUUUGUUCGUUCAAACUUA